CUGCGCACGCGCGGGAGCCAUAUUCGCCGCGGAUGCUUGGCCACCCGUGUUGGUUCUUCUCUGGCUGAGUAAAGCGGCGCUGAUCUGCACCCUCACCGUCGUCCUCCGGAAUCACAUAAAGUUGAGAAGCCAUGUCUCGAAGAUAUGAUUCCAGGACCACAAUAUUUUCUCCAGAAGGUCGCUUAUACCAAGUGGAGUAUGCCAUGGAGGCUAUCGGACAUGCAGGCACCUGUUUGGGAAUUUUAGCCAACGAUGGAGUUUUACUUGCAGCAGAGAGGCGUAACAUCCACAAACUUCUUGAUGAAGUCUUUUUUUCUGAGAAAAUUUAUAAACUUAAUGAGGACAUGGCUUGCAGUGUGGCAGGCAUAACAUCUGAUGCUAACGUUCUGACUAAUGAACUAAGGCUCAUUGCUCAAAGGUACUUAUUACAGUAUCAGGAGCCAAUUCCCUGUGAGCAGUUGGUUACAGCACUGUGUGAUAUCAAACAGGCGUAUACACAGUUUGGAGGCAAACGUCCCUUUGGUGUGUCUUUGCUGUAUAUUGGCUGGGAUAAGCACUAUGGCUUCCAGCUCUAUCAGAGUGACCCGAGUGGGAACUACGGGGGAUGGAAAGCCACCUGCAUUGGAAACAACAGUGCUGUGAGUAAUUUCCUAACACUGUGAAAUGUAGGGAAAGGCUGAGAGGAC